AUGAUCGCUGCAAAUAGUCCCCAUCUCCCGGACGGAGACUCUCCCGAUCUCGUCCUGGUUCCUGCGACACCCCAGGAACGCAUCGCCGCAAUCAAACUGAACAGCGCGGCCUGGAAGGGUCCCCUGGAUAUUGACGCGUACAUUGCCCGUGAGGACCAUCUGCACAAUCACCAGCUCGUCCGAGAUGGAAUGACCUGCUGGAUCUUGGUGGAUGGCUCCGAACCCGAGGGCGACCGCACCAUUCUCAGCUCAUGUGAAACCUAUCCCAAGAAAGCCCUGCUGGCUUACCAGGGUCAGGUGGAAGAGGUGUCGACGCAUGGUAUUGGAAGUGUGUACUCUCGGCCCGAAUUUCGGGGCAAAGGUUACGCCAAGCGCAUGAUGGAGGAGUUGGGCAAGAAACUCGAAACGUGGAAGAUGGAGAAGCAGCCGCGGGGCAAGACCUCCUUCACCAUUCUUUUCUCGGACAUUGGCAAGAAGUUCUACGCGCAGUUUGGAUGGCGGCCGUAUGCCGCGGCGCACAUGGUGCUUCCGGCUCGGGCAAUGGAAGACACGGACCAGGUCUCCGAGUCGAAUGGAACGAGCAAUCGGGGUAAGACGCGAGAUCUGCUCGCCGAGGACGUGGAACGAACAAUGUGCCAUCCAAACAUCAUCGCCGACUUGCGCAACGAGCUGCAGCGGGCCUCGAGCAAGUCACAGACCGCGCAGGUGGCCAUUCUGCCUGAUUAUGACCACUAUUCUUGGCAUUGGGCUCGUGAAGAAUUCUUCGUGCAGGAACUUUAUCCGGAUCGAUCACCGCCGUUGAUCAAGGGUGCAGGAGAUGACGACGCGCAUGUGUAUUGCACCUGGAACCGGAACUUUGGAGACACUCCAGAGAACAGCGUGCUGUACAUCCUGCGCUGGGUUUAUGAUAAGCCCCAAUCGGCGGAAGAGGAGCAAAGUCUGAUCCAGGCCAUGGUAGACAUCCUACGGCGAGCUCAGCACGAAGCCAAGGAUUGGGGUCUCGCCACGGUCGAGUUCUGGAAUCCCGAUCCGAUCUUGCAAAAGGCCGUCCAGACAUUGGACUCUGAUGUGCAGGUCGAACAUCGUGAGAAGAGCAGCAUUCCGAGUCUUCGGUGGACGGGUGACAAGCAUGGGUUGGGUCAGGAGGUGGAGUGGGUUUUGAAUGAGAAGUAUGCUUGGUGCUAG